AUGCGGCUCCUCUUUCUGGCGGUGCUGCGGCCGCACACCGGCAACGCGGUCACCGCCGAGCGAAUCCGGGACCAUCUGGAAGCUGCUGGCCAUGUGUGCAUUCUGAAGGACACCCUGGACUUUGAAAGCUCCACUGAAAUCACAGACCUCAUCACAGCUGAGAAGGUGGAGGCGGCCCUGGCUCUUCACCUCUACAGAGCAGGCCGGCUCUUGCAAGGCCACCGAAUUCCUUUCGGAGUAAUUUUUGGCGGAACCGACGUGAAUGAAGAUGUUCACCAGGAGGGAAAAAACGCUGUGAUGGAGAAAGUUCUAGAAGAAGCCAGGUUUGCGGUGGCCUUCACAGAGUCCAUGAAGGAGUCGGCACAAGCGCAGUGGCCCCAAGCGAAGGGUAAGAUCUACGUCCAGAGUCAAGGCAUUGUAACGACACCAAACGCCACCUUCAGCUGGAACACCUUCCUUCAGCGUGCAGAGAUUAGCCAGAGUGCUGAUAACUUACACGUGUUCCUCUUGAUAUGUGGACUCAGACAAGUGAAGGAUCCUCUGUACUUGGUGGAUGCCUUUUCAGCCUGGCAUCGAGAGGAGCCCAGCGUCUACCUGGUCAUCGUGGGCCCAGAAGUGGAUCCUGGGUUCACCAGGGAAGUGAAGGCCAAGGUGGAAAGGAGCGCUGGCGUCCGGCUGGUUGGGGAGAUGGCCCGUGAGGACCUACACGAGGUGGUGAAGAACUGCUUUGCCUUGGUGAACAGCUCCCUUUCUGAGGGCAUGUCGGCUGCCAUCCUGGAGGCCAUGGAUUUGGAGGUGCCUGUGCUGGCGAGGGACAUCCCAGGGAACGCUGCUGUGGUCACUCACGAGGUCACAGGCCUGCUCUUCUCAGACCCGCAGGAGUUUGUCAAGCUGGCGAAGAGGCUGCUUGGGGACCCGGUGCUGGAGAGGGACAUCGUGGCCAACGGGCGGGAGUACGUACGGACGCACCACUCGUGGCAGACGGAGCGCACCACCUACCAGAGCCUUGUCUGGAGGCUGGGGGGGCCACAGAGUCCCUGUGAACCGUAG